AUAGAGUGAAUAUUUGAGUAAUGCUCUAAUCCAGAUUAUGAUAAAAACUACUCAACUAAACAAAGAAAAAAAUAUUUAAAAAAAAAAACAUUUUAUAGUGCAAUCAGUGUAUUUUAAUAAGUUAUGAUUAAACUGGCUCUCAUCAGAACUGCCCCAGGAAGGAAAGAACAAGAGUUGCCUCUGUUGCACAGGAUAAAUAAUGAAAAAGAGCACCUAAAUGAUUCUUUACAGAAUAUUUUGGUUUGUUUAACACUUUUAAGUUACUACAUUAAUUCCUUAUGUGUUCCUUCGUAGUCUGAUAGAUCACUUCACUAUUAAGUUAUUAUGUAGAGAAAAAAAUAUUGUAUAUUCAUCUAGCUUUCAACCUUUCACAUUAAUAAUUAAUACAACAUAGAUUUAAUAUUUACCUCGCCAUCACCGUAUCCUAGCAACGCGCCCAGUCACAUGUGUCGCGCAUGCGCAGCGCUCCCGUGUGAGAGACGCUAGAAGCGCAGGUGAUGGAGAAAAGCAGCUAGGUCGCUAAAAACAGGGUAAAUUAGCGAGUAAACAGGCAGUAAAGAUGGAGACUGCAGCGGAGGAGACCUGCCACAGUCCCUCCAUCUCUCAGAGCUCCGUCUCACAGAGCAGCGGCUCUGCUGCAGCUCUCAGGCGGCCACGGAGGAGCCCGGGCUCAGCCUGCACUCCCGGCUUUACUUACCUGCAGUGCUAUUUUUUAACAAUUGCAACAAUCCUGGGAACAGGAAUCUUAGGUCUUCCAGUCACCAUCGCUCGUGCAGGACUGGUACCGUUCCUGGUUUCCUUCCUUACUGGUUUCUUUAUGCAGGCUCUCCUCAUAUACCUGUUUGUGGAUUUGCUGCAGCGAUGCCGAGCUGCGCUGAAGGAAUCAGUAACGAGUGUGGAGACGGAGCGAAUCCUAAUGCAGGACGUCAGCCUGGAGGAGUCCUCUGCACCUGACACUGAGGAGGCGGAGGAAGGAGAGGAGGAGGAGGCGGAGGAUGUGGAGGAGGCAGACGCAGGUCUGCUGCAGAAGGAUGCCGCGGUGCUGAAGCUGCAGGAGGAGCUUCAGCCCAACCUGCACGUCCUGGGAACGCUGUUCCUCAGCAAACGCUGCAGCCGGGCCUUCGACCUCAUCCUGCUCUCUCAGUUUGUGUCUAUCGGGAUCAGCUAUGUUCUGGCGGGGAGUGAAGCCUACGCUGCACUGCUUCAUACCAGUCACAUCUAUGUUAUCCCUGUGUUCACGUGGACACUCUCAUUGGGUAUUCUUCUGGCCCAGGUCAUCAUUCAGCCAAUCACGUCACUUCUGACACUUCUCAAAGGCAUCCUAUUGAUCAUAACGGUGGCGGUGACAUUUGUCGUGGGUUCAGAGGUUCGCCAGGAGACCACGAAUGACUUCACCCAGAUCGGGAAGCCUUUCCUCAUGGGGACUGUAGCUCUGGGUGGGAUCAUCAAUGUGAUGCCUUUCUUAUUUUCUGAAAUCUCCCACAACAAAACGCAGGUCAUGUGGUUCAGAAGAGCUGUUCUGGGAGGUCUGGCUACGUGUACCGUUCUGAAUGUAUUAUGGUGUUGGGCAGUGUUAGAGAUUGUUCCCCAGAUGGCUGUCGAGUCCGUCCUGGAGGAGAGGCCCUUAAAUACCAGCGCGGUCCGGAUAGAGACCACUCCACCGACACACACAUUUAUCUACUCCAACAUCUCCCUGGAGAAUUCUGAAAAGGCUGGAGAAAUCGCAACCAUACCUCUAACAAAGGAUAAGAACAAGUGUGAUUAA